CCGGCGCCCCCAUUGGUGACGUCCGGCGGCGCUGCCGCUGUUAUUUUUCGAAUAUAUAAGGAGGUGGAGGUGGCAGCUGCCCAGCUCAGCGUUCUCCCCUCCCUUCCUACCCGCAUCCCUCUCCUCACUCCCAGGCCCAUUGCUUUUCCUCCCUCCCUUCCCUCCCUCUUUCCCUUCACCCCAGGCUCCCUCUCGGAGCCGAGCCAGCUGGGUUGGUGUCUGCUCCCCCUCGUGCUUGUUGUGGCCCUAAAGCUAGCCUUUGCCCACCCCACCACGAUGGAGGUGCACCCGCAGAAGUCUACGCCGGACUCGACUCUCAGUCCAGUUCGCGUGCUCGGUGGCGUUCAGCGGCCGCACCACCUCUCAGGCUUCGGGUCGGAGCCUGAUGGCUUCCUGGGGUCUCCAAAGAGCGCGGUUUCCUCCUCUCCAGUUACCACACUUACCCGAACCAUGCACGACCUCGCUGGGCUCGGCAGUGAGACCCCAAAGACUCCAGUAGGAAGCCUGUCAUUCCAGAACAGGCUGGUGGGCCUAUCUCUGUCCAGACGUGCCUCCCUGUCGUCUGAGUCCUCUGAAGCUUCUGAUGCAGGUCUCUGCAUGGACUCCCCCAGCCCUAUGGACCCACGGAAGGCAGAGCAUGCGUUUGAGCAAACCAUUCAGGCAUCCAGUCGGGUCAUUCAAAAUGAGCAGUUUACCAUAAAACGCUUCUGGUCCUUGCCUGUAAGGCUGCUGGACCACAGCCCUGUGCUACAGAACAUCACCAACUCCCAAGCACUAGACAACCGGAAGAAAAAUGAGGCAGGCUGCAGAUCUGCCAACAGCCCUGGGGAGGACAAAGAAAAUGAUGGAUGUUUCUUCAAGAUGCCAUGGAAGCCCAGUCAUCCCAGCCCUGCCCAAGCUCUGGCAGAGUGGGCCAGCCACAGAGAGGCCUUUGCCCAGAGACCAAACUCAGCCCCUGACUUGAUGUGUCUGACCCCCGAACAGAAGAUGGAAGUAGAGGAGCUGAGUCCUGUGGCCCAGCCUUCUUCUUUCUUGACUCCCAUUGAAAGGGCUUCUGAAGAAGACGAUGGAUUUGUGGACAUCCUGGAGAAUGAUUUAAAGGGUGAUGACGUAGUCCCCCCAGGCAUGGAGAACCUCAUUAGUGCCCCACUCGUCAAAAAGCUGGAUAAGGAAGAGGAACAGGAUCUUGUCAUGUUCAGCAAGUGCCAGCGGCUCUUCCGCUCUCCAUCCCUGCCGUGCAGCGUCAUCCGGCCCAUCCUCAAGAGGCUCGAGCGGCCCCAGGACAAGGACACGCCUGUCCAGAGCAAGCGCAGGAAGAGCAUGACACCCCUGGAAGAGCAGCAGCCUGAAGAACCUGCCCGCGUCUUCCGCUCAAAGUCCCUGUGUCAUGACAUUGAAAGCAUCCUGGACAGUGACCACCGUGAAUUGAUCGGAGAUUACUCUAAGGCCUUCCUCCUGCAGACUGUGGAUGGCAAACACCAAGACCUCAAAUACAUCUCCCCAGAAACUAUGGUGGCCCUGUUGACAGGCAAGUUCAGCAACAUCGUGGAGAAAUUUGUAGUUGUAGACUGCAGAUACCCCUAUGAGUAUGAAGGUGGGCAUAUCAAGAAUGCUGUGAACUUGCCUCUGGAACGGGAUGUCGAGACCUUCCUGCUAGAGCGCCCCAUCGUGCCUUGUAGCCUGGACAAGAGAAUCAUCCUCAUUUUCCACUGUGAAUUCUCGUCUGAGCGUGGGCCCCGCAUGUGCCGGUUUGUCAGGGAACGGGACCGUGCAGCUAACAACUACCCCAGCCUGUACUACCCUGAGAUGUAUAUCCUCAAAGGCGGCUACAAGGAAUUCUUCCCACAGCAUCCGAACUUUUGUGAGCCCCAGAACUACCGGCCCAUGAACCAUGAGGCCUUCAGGGAUGAGCUGAGGACCUUCCGCCUCAAGACACGCAGCUGGGCUGGGGAGCGGAGCCGGAGGGAGCUCUGUAGCAGGCUGCAAGACCAGUGAUGGGCCAGCAUGAGUCCUGCUGCCGUCCUUACCUCAUGGGGCCUGGAAGUCAGCGGGUCCCAUGGGCCUAUGAGGUCACCUACCUGUUAGAGGCCUCAGGUGCUAUUGGGGGUUGGGAGGAUGCUGUGGUGUCACCUCUUGUCUGUCCCUGUCCUUGAUUCUCCCGUCUCAUUCCACUAAUUUUCCAAAUCCUGGUGCCAGUUCCAUCUUGAAGAGCCCAGCCUGAUGGAUGGACACCAGCUAGAAGAAAGUGCUUUGUGUUCAUGGGAGCCUUUUACAGUCCUUUUUCUUUGUGUGUGUGUGUGUUAACUCUUUGUCUUCCUGUGUUCAGAAAGCCCCUUUUGUGGGGAGAGCCUCAGUCCUUUAGGGCGAGCACAGUAGCUCCUUGGGUGGUCUGGAAGCAGCCUGCUACCCCUGCUACCCCUGCUUCUGCACAGGGCUGAGUCUGCUCUCCUCUCCUGGCCUUUACAUGGGCACCUUCAUUGGAAACAUAAGCGCUGGCUUUUUCCUGUUGUCUUACCUGUAGCUUUUAUUUUUGUUUGUCUGACUUAGCCUGUUUGGGGACACACUGACAGCUGAGUAGGCUCCCUCAUACAUCUGGGGGUUAGAGAUUCAAAUAUCACUUACUCAGAAAGGAAUCGUCUCCUUUAAUGUCCCCAAGGCAAGGCCAAAGGCCUGACUGAGGAUCCUCUGGAAGCCUCAUCCCCAGAGCGAACCCCAGAGCCUCACUGGUCAAAGCUGCUGGGCAGUGGACCAGUCUCUAAGCAUUACCUUUUGUUCAUUGUCUUCUCUUUCCCACAUCUGGUCCAGAAGACCUCUUGAGUAUGCAUGUCGGGUUUGUUAUUGUUGUUGUGUUUUCUGUGUUGCUGUUCUAGUGACCGAGCCUAGGCCUGUUGCAGAUGGACAGGAGGCCGGGCGGUCAUGGAUGCACAGUGCCUUGCACACGUUUGCAUACAGAAUGGGUGGAAGGAUUUUGGUGAGCAUGAUGGCCUAUGGCAGGAGCGUGUGUGUGCGUGUGUACAAAGUCUUUAUACUUAGCAUUUGGAAAUAUUAAAGGAACACUGUUGUAGAAGCAGCUAAAUAAAAAACGAAGCAAC